AUGACAACAACCUACGGCACAAUCCCAACCUCCCCAACACCACCAAAACUCGAAUACAUAACACGCGGCAAACAAAGAAUCAAAGCCGGCUUAGGAACCCGUCGAUCAUGGAAAACCAUGUUCGAUAUCCGAUCACUCGGUAUCCCCGGCCGCGGUGCACCAGAAGCAAUUUCACGGCUUCGUGACAACAUCUCGUAUUUCCGCAUGAACUACGCUAUGGUCAUGCUUUUCAUUUUGUUUCUGAGCCUUUUAUGGCACCCUUACUCUCUCAUUGUUUUUGUUCUUCUAAUGGCGGCGUGGUUGUUCCUCUACUUUCUUCGUGAUCAGCCAGUGAUUAUAUGGGGUAGACUCGUCGAUGAUCGACUUGUGGUUGUUGUUAUGGCGUUUGUUACGGUGGCGCUGUUGCUUCUUACACACGCUACUGUGAAUAUUAUUGCUGCGGUUAGUGUUGCGGUGGUGGUUGUGGUGGUGCAUGCGGUGUUUAGGAGGACGGAGGAUUUGUUCUUUGAGGAGGAAGAACAAGUUAUUGUUUCUGUUGCUUCUUGA